AUGCCUCAAGAAGAAGGUCAGCAGGCGGAUGGCAGCUACAGGCUGCGAAGACUCUUCUACGACAUCAGCAACGUGAUUGAAAAGUACGAGUAUCGCAACGCCAACACGUUCUUGUCUUGGAUUCUCAACUGCUCUACUGGAAACAUUCUGCAACUUUUUUGUGCCUUGUUCCUGAGCCUAUCAGGGCCUGUCUUCAAGCACGAGGGAGUAGGUGUCUUCUUCGAUGGCCUGACGCUCCUGAUCUCCCUCAUCCUCCUGCUCUGGCUGCAUCAUGCCUCGGUGCUGCGGCACGAGAUGUUCUUGAGCUGGCGAGUCAAGGUCUUUCUGAAUCGCGUCUCGAAGCUCAUGUCGUAUCCUUCCUUGGGAUCCAUCUUUCACAUGCUCGACAACUCGGUCUGGCUGCAGACCUCUCGCACCAUCUCGACUGUGCUGGUCUACAACGAGGACGGAAGCACCAAGAUCAUACCCAGCCAGCUGCUGCUGAGUGGCGAUCGGAUCGAAACGCCUCCGGACAUGACGCUGCUGAGCGAUCACUGCGAGAAGCAUGAUGGCAACGACAGUAUCGUCAAGGAUACUCCGACAGCGUCUAAACUGGAUGACAUUCUGAGUAAGAACAGAAGGCCUGACACGUUGUUCGAGAGGCAGACCAGGACCGUCAAGACGGUCGUUGGUUACACACUCAUCGGGUCACUCCUCGCUUCCUUCUUGUCCUCUAUCCUCCUAUUUGCCAUCGACCCCCGUGCUUCGGAGGAUCUGUUUGAUAUCUUCGUCGUGAGGCAUGUGAAUGUCUGCCUGCCGCUGCUCCCGCUCUCCAUCUUCUUGACUUCCCUUGUUCUCAAAGUGGCAUGCAACGCCUUCAUCUCUGCUAAGAUCGAGCUCCUGCAGAAGAACACAGAAGACAUGAACCGGGAGAAGUUCUCGUCCCGAGAACGUCGUCUCAGCGUGGAGGAAGAGCCUCCAGUUUCGUCGGGGAGGAAGAGUUGGCUCGGGCGGCUCAAGGGCAUGGUCGGGUUGAAGAAGCAAGGGAACAACAACGACGACAUCCCAAUGAUGGGAGGAGGCAGCCGGCAGUGGCAGAAGUUCGAUGCGGGCAGCAUUGACAGUCAGCUAUCAUGGAGGAUGGUCUUCAACUACUUCCUUCAGAGGAUCCGCAAACCUUCGACCCACAUUGAGAACCAGAGCAUCAUUCCCAUCGUCAACCCUUGUGCCGAUGUUGUCGAGACUCUAGGGAGCGCGACUGUGCUGGCGUUUCCGGAUGUGGAUGGGAUUCUGUCGGAGCCACUACUGUCCCCGAAGCAGAUCUUCCUACUGACCUCCGAGGCCAAGACGAGUGGGACUGAGACGAAGACCAACGUCAAGAUUAUCGAGCUGCUCGCCUCAGACGAUCGCUCGGCGUUGGGGGCCAGCAGCUUCGAGGACGCGGCGGCUGUUCGAAACUUUCUCUCCCAGCUGAAGCCCUUGGGCCUGAACUGUCUGCUCAACACAAACGCGCACGACGAUGACUACUCCAUGUUUGUUGAGCGAGUGCUGCGAGAGCGAGCGCAGGCGAGGACGAGGACGAGCUUGAGAGAGCAUGUGCGGAGCGAAGCUUACGGUGACUUUGUCUCCUGUGACACAGCAGACGCGUCGUACCUGCUGGCCGGCGUGAUCGGCUUCUCGGAAGCAGUGGCCUCGUCGUUCUCACGUCUCAUGGAGCUUCAGGUGCUCAUUCAGCCUCCUCCGACCAACAUCAGCGAGUCAGAGAAGAAGAUCUCUAGACUGGCAAGCUACGAGUCCACGGAAAAGGUCAAGACGGAGCGGCACGUCAUGUCAGUGGUGGUGGAGGAUUCACAGCAGAAGCUGCAGCUGUUCAGCAAGGGCGACGUUGACUUCAUCAUGAAGCGGUGCAACCAGAUAUGGGACGGGCAGGAGCUUCGAGCCAUGACGGACCGAGACGUCUCCCUAAUCUCCCAUCACUGCUCUGAGUGUUACCAGAAGCACUACCGAUGCAUCGCUCUGUCCUACGUCUCUCUGGAUGAGGACAAACGUUCUCUCCUCCUCGAGUCCUCGCAGUCCGGCCGCUGUGUCUUCUUGGAGUCGGAUGGAGACAGUCAGCUGACCCUCAUAGGAGCGACUGACUGGCAGCUGGACCGUCAGCUGACCCCGCGCGAGGCGUUCAACCUCUCGCGUCCCAAGUCUCAGCCGUCGCAGGCGCUCAAGGGGAUGGAGGAGCUGAUAGACCAUCAGAUCUUCAUCGGCAUGCUCAUCCUCCGCUUCCGGCCCCUUCCCGAGAUCACCGACGCCAUCGACAUCCUCUCUGACGCCGGCAUCCGCUUCGUGCUCUUCUCCGACAUGCCCGAGUCAGCGACCGUCGCCUUCGGGAACCAGCUGGGCUUGUGGUCGGACUGGAACUGCUGCAUCAGCCUGCGAGACCUUCCUCCUCCUAUGCUCAGCAGGCCCCCCUCACCUCCUGGCAGCGGCAUCAGCGCCAAGUCAGCGGGGCGGACAAACUACUCGCACCCUGACUCGCAGCAGGGGCCUCGCCUUCCGCACGGGAUCAAGGCCAUUCGCAAGCACAUCCUCGAGGCCGACGACGUUCCUCUCCGCGUCUCGAUGUUCUGCGACUCCUCGCCUGACACCAUGGCGUCUAUGAUAGAGAUCCUGCAGGAGAACGGAGAGCUGGUCAUGUGCUGCGGGAGCACCAAGAACAUUCACAACAUGCACCUCUUCGCCUCAGCAGACGUCUCGAUGGCUGUCGACCCGCUUCCUGCAACCCGAGGCAGAGACGUCGUCUCCUUCUACGACUCCGACGCGGACGACCGGGUGCUCAUCGACGCUCAGCUGGCGUCAGAGAUCACGUCUGUGCCAUGUGCGCUUCACUUCGGGCGCUACUGGAACAUCAUGAACAUCCUUGAGAUCGUAAGCACUUCCCGCAUGCUCCUCGACGCCAUGAGGCAAGCGUCACUCUUUGCCGUGCACGUUUCUCUCCUCCUCAUGUCAAUCUCGCUCAUCGGGAACUGCCUGCUGCUCCCCGAGGUCAUUCAUCCUGCGCAAGUGAUCUGCAUCCUCGUCACCAUCAGCCCUUGUCUUCUCGUCGCCAUCGUCUUCUCCGGCUACAAGAUCUCUCGAAACAUCAAGGCCGCCAACCCGAUGAGGCUCAAGCUCGACACCAAGAAGGGAAAGCCGGCGAUCCAUCGCUUCAUCUUCUAUGCGAUCAUCCGCUUCCUCCCUACUGCCUGCGUGUGCGUCGGGGCGUUCGUGUCGAUGCUCUCCGCCAGCCUGUCAUCCGAGGCGACAGGGGCCCAGGAGUCGCCGCUGCAGAGCAUCUGGUCCAUCGUUGACUACAAGCUGAGGCCGAUGGACGAGCUGGGGGAGCUCAAGUUCAACACGGCUAUUUUCGAGGCCCAGCAGGUUGUCAACAUCCUCCUCGUCGUCUUCAUGUCGUUCAUGGCCAUCGGCAGCCUUCACCGCACAGCUUCUCUCCUCGACCUCUGGCGCCACUGCAAGUUCAUCUGGCUGGCGGCAUGCGCGGCUGCGGGCCUCAUCCAGGCGACGGUGACCAGCAUCGCGCUCAGCAGCUCACACGAUGGGGUGAGGCCGACGCUGAGGAGCACUCCUCCUUCCGUCUUCAUCCUCGCAACCACGUGGCCCCUCGUCAUCAUCGCCAUCGACGAGGCCCUGCGGCAUCACGAUCGCAAGAAGUUUCGCAAGCUGCAGCAGAGGCUGACGCUGCAAUUCGAGACCCUCCUGGGGCAGACGAGCCCCAAGUGA